AUGUCUAUCAAGUUUGCCAUCAUCGAAAAGCAUUUUGUUAUAUUGAAAUAUAAUUUAUAUGGCAUCAAAAAAAUUGUUUUAUAAUAAUUAGAAAUUUUUAAGCUAGACCUGUUAAUGUCUUAGAGACAAUCCUUAGAUGAGAAUGUGGUAUUAGUUAAGAGUUAAUAUAUUAGACUAUUUUUGAUGAGGCUAUAAUUAAACUGAAAUUUCAAAUUUUAAAUCUUAUAAAACCUCCUUAAAAAUAGGAGAGAAAAUAAAGCACAAAAAUUAAUUAAAUAAUAUUUUAAAUAAAACUUGUGAAAAUUCUAGGAAUUUUAAGAAUAUUUGAGAUUGUCUUUCAUUAUCUUUUCUAAUCUAUUGCAUGUGUUUAGACAUUAUUUGAAAAGGAGACUUAUUUUAAUUUUUAAUAAACUACAAGCAAUAUUUAACAUUAUCUCUUCUAAAUUCCUAAUAGUAAUAUAAAAUUAUGGCAUUAUUUGUUUGUUAGAAAAUAUUAUGAAUAUUUAAAUAAUUGUUAUGAAGGAUAUUAAUAAGAAAAAUUUAAGUUUAAAAAGAAGUAAUAUAAUUUAGUCUAAUUUAAAUUGUAAAAUGGUCAUUUAUUUUAAUCUUCUUCAAAUUAUUUAAAUUUAUAGAUAUUAAGUUUUUAAUUAUAGAAUUGUUCGAAUUCUGAAGACCAAUUCAUAGAUUUUCAUGCUACUUGCAAUGAAUGUGAGGGUCCAAUACUUAAUGAUUGUUUAUCCUGUUUUGAAUAUAUCAAUAUAAGCAGUGUAUUUUUGAAUAUGGAACAAUUGAUCCAGAAUUUAUUUGUACUACUUAACAAAACCUAAAUUUAACAAUAACUUCUGAAGAAUUAACUUUUAAUGGUUGUAAAUAUGGUUAUUAAUUAUAUGAAUAAUGAUACUGGUGAGAGAUGGUAUUAUAAAUACGGAGGAUUGGCUUAUUACUGGUUGUUGCGAAAUAAAAUUGUUAUCAGAUAAAGAGGGUAAUACAAUCAAAAAAAUAGAGGAUCAGGAAUGUUAUGA